AUGGCCUUCAACUUCAACAUCUUCCGCAUCCUCGGCGACCUGUCCCAUGCCAUUUCCAUCGUCGUCCUAAUAUGGGCCAUACAUUCGAACCGCAGCGCCGAAGGCGUCUCCCUCAUCACACAAGUCCUCUACAUCGCUGUCUUCUGCGCGCGCUACAUUGACAUCUUCUGGGUGCCUGCGUUCAGCGAGUGGCACCACACGUGGAACUUCUUCGGAAAGCUGUUUUACACGCUCACGGGAUGCUAUAUUGUCUUCCUGAUGACGCGCGUCUAUGCGCGGACUAGGGAGCGAGAGAAGGCGUGGAAAUUGGGUGUUUGGUCUACCAUCGGCAGCGUUAUCGGCGCGCCAGUCGUCUACCUUAUUUUCAUCAGAUUUGCGCCAAACAGACCAGCUUGGGAAGAGAUCCUCUGGACCUUCAGCAUAAUCCUCGAAUCGUUCGCCAUCCUCCCCCAGCUCCUCCUCCUGCGCCAAACCACCGUGCCAACUGUAAUCGACAGUUUCUACCUCGCGACUCUAGGCGCCUACCGCGCCUUCUACAUCCUGAACUGGUUCGUGCGGUGGCUCGGGCCAGAGCACCACUUCGACCCGACCAGCAUGGUGUUCGGUGUCUUGCAGACGGCCUUCUACGUCGACUUUGCGUGGGUGUAUUGGAGCAGGCAGCGGGUUAAGCUGAGGCAUGGCGCGCUGGUUGAUAGUGGGGAUCUGGAGCAGGGCUGGCUGGUCAAGAGGUUUGUGGGGAGAGGUGGUGCGGGGGGUGAGGAGGGGGAUGCGGCGUAUGAGGCUGCGACGGCGAAUGAGAGACCGAGAGCCAGGACGGGCGGGAGAUGGGGGCCGAGGGGGAUCUCGGUGAGUGCGGAUGAGGAUCUGGUGCCGAGUGCGAAGAGGAAUGGGUCGAGGUUGGAUGGGGUGGCUGAGGAGGAAAGGCUGGCGGAUCCGGGAUUGUUUGAGGAUGAGGAGAGUGAUGAUGAGCAAAGCCGGGCAAAGGGGCCAAGUAACGCCGUGGAAGGCGUGGGCAAUGGAGCCGAGUGGAGGGAUGAUCGCCGCAAGUGA